CAAGCAGUCUCCAGAACAUGAUGGCGGCGUCGCUGCAACGAUGUGACAAAAAACUGACAGCCGCCCAUCUCAAGGCGGACCUCUGUCGGACUGACAACAGCUCCGGCGUCCGUCAGCUCCAAGAGCUGCUGAAUCGCGUCCUGGAUCCGGAAAAGCCGGCGGGGGACGCCGAGGCCAUAGACUGGUGCAAAUACCUGCUUGCGGGAGGGGAAGUGUUUGAGGAGUUCUGCCAAACGGUGCGGUCCUACGACAACGCCACUUUGUGCGGCUUGGUGUGGACAGCUAAUUUCGUAGCCUACCGCUGCCGGACGUGUGGCAUUUCCCCUUGCAUGUCACUCUGCGCCGAGUGCUUUAACAACGGCGAUCACACUGGUCAUGAUUUCAACAUGUUCAGGAGCCAGGCCGGCGGGGCCUGCGACUGUGGCGACAGUAAUGUCAUGCGAGAAAGUGGGUUUUGCAGUCGGCAUAGGUUAAAAAUGGGGGAGGAUGUUCCCUCUGUCCCCAGGGACUUGCUGCUGAUGUCAGAGAUGGUUCUCCCACGAUUCAUCAUCUGUAUCAUUCAGUACUUAAGAGAUGGCUACGGUGACCCAGACACAUCGAUUGAGAGAGACCUCCAGAAAGUCUUACAGCAGCUUGGGCCCCAGAUCUCCCUCCUGGAGGAAUUAACUAAGAUGGGCGGGGCUAUGAGGACCAUUCUGACAAAGAUAUUAACCAAUCAGCAGAUGUUCAAAGAGCUGAGCAUGGGGCAAGAGGAGAAUGCGUAUGCAAAGAGGAACUAUGAGAAGUAUCUGUCAGCGCUGAGGAGCUCCGGCUUCCUGCCUGUGGAGGAGGGGGCCAUGCCGGAGGCUGUGGAGAAUGGAGCCGGAGCCGGAGCAGGGGUGGGGGCACUCAGCUCGCUGGGAGCAUCUGCUGCAGCCAGCCCUGAUGAUAAAGAGGAGGAUCGGGAUGGAGGCCAAGGCAUUGGACAGAGGAAGAGGGCGAAGCUGAGUAGCAGCGCCAAAGAUCCAUCCAUAAUGGAUACUCUGAAGCAUAGAUGUUUUUUAGAGGAGCUAUUGUUUUGGACAGUAAAGUAUGAAUUUCCUCAGAAGAUGGUUACUUUUUUACUGAACAUGUUGCCAGAUCAAGACUAUAAGAUCGCCUUCACUAAAACGUUUGUUCAACAUUAUGCAUUCAUCAUGAAGACGCUGAUGAAAAGCCAUGAAUCGGACACCAUGUCCAACCGCAUCGUGCAUAUCAGCGUGCAGCUGUUCAGCAACGAGGAGCUGGCGCGUCACAUGACCGAGGAAUGCCAGCUGCUGGACAUCAUGGUGACCGUCCUCCUCUACAUGAUGGAGAGCUGCCUUAUCAGGUGUGAGCUUCAAGAUGAAGAGAACAGCUGCCACGUGGUGGUGAACUGCGGGGAGGCUCUGCUGAAGAACAACACCUACUGGCCUUUAGUUAGCGAUUUUAUUAAUAUUCUCUCACACCAAAGUGUCGCCAAGCGCUUUCUGGAGGACCACUCCCUGCUGGUGCUCUGGAUGAACUUCGUGUCCCUCUUUCAAGGUAUGAAUUUAAACAAGCGGGAGCUGAACGAACACGUGGAGUUUGAGUCCCAAACUUACUAUGCAGCCUUUGCGGCGGAGUUGGAGGCCUGCGCCCAGCCCAUGUGGGGCCUCAUAACGCACUGCAAAGUUAAGGAGACGCAGGAGUACACUAAAACCGUAGUGCGGUACUGCCUGGACACCUUGCAGACCUGGUUUGAUGCGAUUGGCUUUGUGGACGAGCCUGCCCCCAAUCAAGUAACAUUUCACCUGCCUCUGCACCGAUACUAUGCCAUGUUUUUGAGCAAGGCAGUGAAGUACCAGGGUCUCGAUUUGGACAGCCUCCUCCCAGAUCAGGAGAUGCUUAUGAAGAUCAUGGUCCACCCGCUCCUGAUUCAGGCAAGCCUUUCAGAGAUCCACAGCAACAUGUGGGUGAGGAACGGCCUGCAGAUUAAAGGUCAGGCCAUGACCUACGUGCAGUCUCACUUCUGCAACUCCAUGAUCGACCCCGACAUCUACCUGCUGCAGGUCUGUGCAUCAAGGCUGGAUCCAGACUACUUCAUAUCAUCUGUGUUUGAAAGAUUCAAAGUGGUGGACUUGCUGACGAUGGCGUCUCAGCACCAGAAUACAGUGCUGGAGGCUGAGCAGGAGAGGCCCAUGCUGGAGGGGGCCUUAACCUUCCUAGUUAUAUUGUCAAGUCUUCGUAUACAUUUAGGCAUGGCUGACGACGAGAUCCUCAGGGCAGAGAUGGUCUCCCAGCUGUGUAUGAAUGACCGCACCCACAGCGCGCUGCUGGACCUCAUUCCUGAGAACCCGAACCCUAAGAGCGGGGUGGUACCGGGCAGCUGCAACUUCGAGGCCAUGCUGGCUGCCGUGGCCGACUUCAGAGCCCCUGUGUUUGAGCCUGGAGGCUCCAUGCAGCAGGGAAUGUACACUCCUAAAGCUGACGUCUGGGAGAAGGAGUUUGACCCCAUCAUGGUGAUCCUGAGGACUGUGUACCGCCGAGACGUGCAGUCUGCCAUGGACAGAUACUCUGCAUUUUUGAAACAGUCUGGAAUUCACUCAGGGAGCCCCUGGCCCCCCUAUAAAGAGAGGACCCCCCUGCACCCCUGCUACGGAGGCCUGGUCAGACUGCUGCACUGCAAGACCCUGCACAUCGUCAUCUUCACCCUCCUCUACAAGAUCUCCAUGGAUCACCAGAACAUGUCUGAGCACGUGCUGUGCAUGGUGCUGUACCUGAUCGAGCUGGGCCUGGACAACGUGGAGGAGCCAGAGGAAGAGGAUCCCUGCAUAGAGGAGCACUGCCACGACAGCUGGUUCCCCGGCACCAGCCUGCUGGCCAACCUCCACCACGUCAUCAACUUCGUCAGGGUCCGGGUGCCUGAGACCGCCCCCGAGGUGAAGAGGGAGCCCCCUCCCAGCACCAGCACGGACACCUCUACCCUGGGACAGAACCUGCGGGAGGCGCAGCUGUUCAGCCUGGUGUCAGAGCGCCGCAGAAAGUUCCAGGAGAUCAUCAACCGCUGCAGCCGGGAGGCCAGCCAGGCGGUGCGGCCCAAGCCCUCCUACUCCAAGUGGGGGCCGCCGCCGCAGAUGGUGACGGAGAUCCUGGAGAUCCGGGAAAGCAUGCUGUCGCUGCUGAUCAAGCUGCACCACAAGCUGUCGGGCCGGCAGAACUCGCUGUCCGGCGACUGGCUGGAGACGGCGGACCCCGCCCGCUACGCCCACGGCGACGGCGUCACCGCCAUCGAGCGCAUCUUGGCCAAGGCCGCCACCCGCAGCCGGCAGAGCAGGCACGGCAUCGAGGAGAUCUGCAUGAAGACCUCGCCCCCGGUCCCGCCAAAAAAGAACGCCCCUACCGACAAGAAGGCCCUGGACAAGGAGGAGAGGCGACAGAAGGCCAGAGAAAGACAGCAGAAGCUGCUGGCUGAGUUUGCCUCCAGACAGAAGAGUUUCAUGGAAAGUGCGGUGGAUGUGGAGUCACCGGACGCAGACGUCACCAUGGACCUGGCUGCCUCCGAGCUGCCGGAGUCCGAGGUUCUGUACGACUGCGUGAUCUGCGGCCAGAGCGGACCCUCCACCGACCAGCAGCCCAUGGGCCUCGUGGUUCUGCUCCAGGCCACCUCAGUCCUGGGCCACCGGCGGAGGAGUGACCAGGCGCAGAGCCUCCCGACCAGCGAGGAGGAGCAGACCCUCCUGGGGGAGACGUGCGGAGGGGCCCAUGCCGCCAAACUCGCCCUCCUGCAGUGCUUCUUCAAGGAUAGCUCCUGCCUGCAGUCGGUGUCCAUCGGCUGGGACGGGGGCGUGUAUGUGCAGACCUGUGGGCACACCCUGCACAUAGACUGCCACAAGUCCUACAUGCAGUCUCUGCGGAAUGACCAGGUGCUGCAGGGUGUCUCGGUGGAUAAGGGCGAGUUCACCUGCCCCCUGUGCCGGCAGUUCGCCAACAGCGUGCUGCCGUGUCACCCCGGGCGGGGCCAGCCAGGCGCCUGGCACGCCCACUGUGCCAAGACCACCGCCGAGCUGGUGAAGGAGGUGGAGGAUCUGCAGGAGCAGCUGGGAACUUUCCCAACUGAGUCCAAUCUGAGUCAGGAGAUGGAGUCCGUGAUAAAGGACAUCAAAAACACCACUCAGAAGAAGUAUAUGGACUACGGCAGGAACCCGGGUUCGCCUGACAACGACUUUCUCUUCAUGUACUCUGUAGCCAGGACGAAUCUGGAGUUGGAGUUGGUGCACCGCGGGGGGGAUCUAUGCAGUGGAGGAGCCAGCGCAGCCAGCAAGCGCUCCUGCCUCAAUCAGCUCUUUCACGUGCUGGCCACACACAUGCGUUUGUACAGCAUUGAUUCAGCCUACAACCCCUGGACCCGGCUGACACAGAUCAUCCCCAGCCGAGAGGAAGACACCUGUGCAGAUAAGAGGCCGGAGGUUCCUGUGCUGUUCAGGGACGUUCCCUCCCUGCUGAUCAUCUUUGUGCUGACCAUGCCCCAGCCUCUGCGCAAAGAGCACUUUACCUGUGUGGUGAAGGUGUUGUACACCCUGCAGUACAGCCAGGCCCUGGCCGCGCUGUCAGCCCGGCUCAGCCCGCAGGAGAGGCAGCCCUGGAGCUCGUCAGGAGCCCUCAGGAAGAACGCCAGCAGUGCAGAGCAGAGCUGGGAGGUCCUUCUCAGCCACAUCAUCAGUGAGCUGGGCAAGGGCAGGAGCGUGUACCAGGCCGAGGCUGACGACAACACACAGCUGAACUCCAGCGCCUGGUCGUCUCAGUCCAUAGAGGAGAGACUGCAGCGGCUCUGCCUACCCUUCCUGCGCCUCUCCGCUCUCCUGCAGCACCACCUCUACGGGGACAACCUGCCGGGCUGCUCGAGGGAAGAGGAGUUCUCAGUCCUGGCCAGCAGCCUCGGUCUGACACCCCCGUCCCCGCAGCCCCACAGCCUGAGAAACAGCGCCCUCUGCCUGGAGUGGGUGGUAUGCCCUUUCCAGCUCAUCUCUCAGUGGUGCGCUGAGGUCACCAGCCUCACGGACCUGCAGCCUGUACAGGCGCUGACCCUGCUGGUGCAGGACCCUCAGUGGGCCACGCCCCGCCUCCUGCAGCUGCCCGACAGCUACAACACCAUCUUCCAGUACUACCACAGGAAGGUCUGCAGCGUCUGCAGCAAGGUGCCCAAGGACCCCGCCCUCUGCCUGGUGUGCGGCACCUUCGUCUGCCUCAAGGGCCUGUGCUGCAAGAAGCAGGGCCACUGUGAGUGCGUUCUGCACUCCCAGCACUGCGGGGCAGCCACGGGAAUCUUCCUCCUCAUCAACGCCUCCGUCAUCAUCAUCAUCCGAGGCCACCGCUUCUGCCUGUGGGGGGCCGUCUACCUGGACGCCCACGGAGAGGAGGACCGAGACCUCCGCCGUGGAAAGCCUCUGUUCCUGUGUGAGGAGAGGUAUCAGGUGCUGGAGCAGCAGUGGGUGUCCCACACCUUCGACCACAUUAACAAGCGCUGGGGGCCCCACUACAAUGGACUCUGACAUAUCGGCCUUCCCCGAACCCCACACCCCCACACCCCGCCGGGAGGGUGAAUGCUCGGCCUCGUGUGGCGGCCUCGGCCCUCGGUAAUCUCUCACGUGAUUUAAAUUUACCGGAGGCGCCGCCGGCACGGUCUUGGAAUAUGUUCAGUUUGGUAUACAAUCAAGACAAUGGAUUAACAGUGUGUUUUAUUAAUACGUGAUUUAAGUGUAAUUUUGAAAGAGGUGAGACUGAAAGAGUUUGAAAAGCCGAAUGAGGAAGCAGAGCUCGUGAUAAAGGGAUUUUCGAAAGUGCAAACGUCACUCCGCUCCAGACGCACCCUGGAUGUGCUGCCUUUGCUACCCGCUUUGAGAGGUCCCCCC